AUGAACAGACUAGAUCUACCCGAGUAUGCAGAAGAUGCAGCUGUAUUGAGAUUCUAUCACCUCGACUCUCUUGAACCGGAUGUUUGGGUUGAUGACGAGGAAACUCCCGAUAACUCGUUAGAACGAGAAAGUGAAGCAACGAGACAAUUUCAACAUCCCGAGCAGGAUGAAUCCGCCAGUAAACAAAUUCAUUCCUUCGAAAACGACCUAGACUUUCAAGCCAUUGAUGAUAGUGAUCCGCUCGGUAUCUAUCCUUCUAUAUUUCCUGAGGAUAUGUCACGAAAUACUAAUAUCUCAAAAUUGAAAGAAAAGACUAUAUUCAUGAUAACGAAUAAGCAAUUCCAGCCUCGGCAAUUCCUCUUACAGGUGCAUAAGAAUACAUCCUACAACGAUUUAGUUACUGGUGAAGACAAAUUGAGAAAAGGUGUCGAUCAAAGGGCGGAAGCUUUAAAAGAUCUUGUCCAUCAAAAUUUUGAUCGUUUUGUUAGUGCUAAGAACACUAUUGAUCAUGUGUAUGAAGAGAUGAAGUCAAAACAAUUAAAUCAAACUCAAGAUUACGGGACAAUUGGCAUCAAAAAAGCUUUAGAUGCUGCUAAUGGCCGAGCUGAGCAAAUAUAUGGUCCUGUCGUUGAAAGACGACAACGAGUCGAGAAAGUCAGAAGUACCUUAUACAUUCUCCAAAGAUACCGUUUUUUGUUCAAUUUACCAAGCAGUCUGCUUGAAUCAAUCAAACAGAAUAAAUAUGAGGCAGCUAUUCGGGAUUACAAGAAAGGCAAAUAUCUUUAUCAAGUAUUGAAAGGCGAAUCAGAUGUAUCCGAUAGACCUGCAGGAGCAGUCGAGCUUGAAAAAGCAACUGACAUUACAGACCUGCAUCGAAAGGUUUUUGACAAGGUUUGGGCAGAGGUAACCAAAAUUGUUACUGAGCUUCAGAAUAUUCUGAUGAGAAGGCUGGCUGAUCCAUGGAGAAGUAUGGACGAUCAGGAAAAAACUAUAAAUUUUCUAUUUGAUCUGGAUACAGCGGAAGAUCCUGCCUGGUUCUAUUUAGUUAGUCAAUAUCAAUGGAUUAUGAACCUCAUGAAAGAGACAUUUGAUGCUAGUGUCAAAAAAAUCAAUAAGCUGAAAGUUGAAAUCGGUGAGACGGACGAGUCCGAUAUCAAAAGAAGUAUAUCACUUAAGGAAGCAAUUGAGCAAAUGAAAUUGUGGCCCACACAGAUAAAUGUAGAAUUGACCAGCGAUUUUCGAAUAUGGCAGGCGAUAUCUGAAUUAUUGAAAUCUCAAUCCUCGCUGCUUUUGCGCUGUUUACCUGACUUUUGGAGAUUGUCAACUGCAUUUAUCGAAGGGAAAUUCACAAAUAGAACGAACAACCGAUCACGAAAUGCUACACAUAACUCUACAGCAAGUACACCUACAUCUCGAAGGAAACGGCAAGGCAUGGAUAUGGCAAAGGUUGAACAAUGUCAGCGUAUGACGCGCGAUAUUGUUAAUAGAUAUGCUGCUCUAAUAUCAGAUUAUUUUUCAUUGAACGAGAAACAGUUACAGAAGAAGAAAAACAUGGAUGGGUCAGAUAAAUACAUCAUGCCGCCAUUUUUGCCUGUCAAUGCAAAUUCGAUACACACUGCUGAAUUUUUGACAAACAUUGUGAACGAACUAGCGAGCUGUGUAAAUGACAUCAAUACUAUCAAUCUAGCAGUUGACGCUUUUUCUGGCCUUACUACCCUUUUAACGAAAGCUCAAUCGAAAUUCAUUGACGUUGUUUGUAAAUGCUGGGAAAGAGAUGCAAAAACUUUUUAUUUAUUGGAAGAAUGGGUGAUAGACCAGCAAAACGAACAAGUAACAACACUAUUAAAGCGAUAUUACGAUUUUCAUAAAUUCUGCGCAAGAUCAGCGUACAAAAUUGCUACACUGACAGCUUUGUCCUCUGAGGACAACGAUGUACAAGGUCAAAUAAUUUUACCAGCACAUAUUGAAACAGUUAGAGGCUCGUUUUUAGAAUCAACCUAUACCUUUUUGGAUGGAUUAGUGCAGUUGGCUUUCACAGAUUACAAGCCCCUAAACGUGAAAGAGGAGUUAUCAUUGGCGAAGAAAAGAGAAAAGAUAAACGUUCAUUCGAUGGAUGUACGUAUUCUGUUGACUGUGAGCAAUUUGAAUUAUAUGCGGCUAUAUGUUAUGAGAAAGCUGAGCGAAUUAUUUGAGGAGGCAUACCACGUUAAAAUGGACGAGGACCUUCAUACGUUAAUCGAUGUUGUUGACCAAUUGGAUGAAAUCCUGUUUGGAGAUUUUAUCAAACGUAAAUCACAGCUAAUUCGGGAUAUAAUAACGCAAGGGAUCCUUCACAGUGGCAUCGAUUGGGCCAGUAUCCCAAAACCGCAAGAAGUCCAUCCCUUUGUUUACGAGGCAUUGAUGACGCUCGUUAUGGUUCAUUCACAAAUUAAUAGUGUGGCCUCACAGUUAGUGCCCAGAGCACUAUCAAGGUUACUAGAGUCAUUGGCCAAGGAUUGCUUACAUAGCUUUAGACAAGUCGAAAGGUUUGGCAUGGGGGGUAUGCUGCAAGCAACUUUAGAAAUUGAAUUUAUGCAUCAAACACUUUCACAAUAUGUAACACCCACAGCUUCAGAUACCCUACAAUCUAUUUAUCAAACCAUCGAACAAGCCUAUAUACCUACCGCUGAGCAAUCGGGCAAUCUUCGAUCUGAAUUAGGCCAUGUCAAAGAACUUCUUGUUCUGAGCCGGAGAAGCACUGUUGUUCAAUUCUUGUGCUUUAAAAAAAAUGUUAAAGAUCGAAAAAAGGCAGCUACAGCCAAAUAA